AUGCUCAUAGCCAGCUGCGGUCGGAGUUGGUGCGAGGAAAGGCGUCUGCCUGCGGGCUCCGAAGCUCGGCAAACCCGCAAAAGGCCAGGUGGCACCGUCACCUGUGAAUCACGACGACUGGAUGCGGCUUUUCAGGGCUGCGGCGCGGUGAACCCACCAAAGGGCGUCGUGAUGUUUCGCCAGCGCAGAGAGUGCGGCGUGGAGAGCAGCACGCACGUCUGUGAAAACGCUUUCCUGGUUUUCCCGCAAAUCUUCGGACCUGCCCAGCCAGACACCGGCUCCCCCGCCACGCCUCCCACUAAGCCGUCCCUGACCGUGGGUGGCCCCAUCUCACCUCCGGAGUCCUGGAGCGGCUCAGAGGGCGGGAAAGUGGGCGCGGGCGGGGGCCCCGCCAGGUGGCGCGGCGGCGAGGGCGGUGCCGUCCAUCGGGCGGGCCCGGCGCCCCAGACCGGCCCGCGGCCCGCCUUCAGGCCCGCGCCGUCGGAGCGGGCAGCGGCCCCGCGGCGGGUGGCAGCAGCGGCCGCCGCCACUUGCCGGCGCUCGCCCUCGGCGCAGCUCCGGCCCCGCGGACGCGCGCCAUGGCCGCCUCGGCCCCGCCCGCGGACCGAGAGGACGCGCCGCUCGGGCUGGGCGCCUGCGGGCGCCGCGGCGGCAGCGCGCCCGGCAAGCGAGCUGCCCGGCUUCUCGUGGAGCUGGCGGAGGCAGCCGGCGGGCGCGCCGCUCUACUGCACGAUCGCGCCGCCGGCGCCCCGGCCCGCGCCCCCCGCGCCCCCCACGCCGCCCGCACCCCCAGCCGCCGAGCUCGGCCCGCCGCCGCGCGUGAGCCUGGACCCGCGCGUCUCCAUCUACAGCGCGCGCCGCCCGCUGCUGGCGCGCACCCACGUCCAGGGCCGCGUCUACAACUUCCUCGAGCGCCCCACCGGCUGGAAGUGCUUCGUCUACCACUUCGCAGUCUUCCUCAUUGUGCUGGUCUGCCUCAUCUUCAGCGUGCUGUCCACCAUCGAGCAGUAUGCCGCCCUGGCCACGGGCACCCUCUUCUGGAUGGAGAUCGUGCUCGUGGUGUUCUUCGGCACGGAGUACGUGGUCCGCCUCUGGUCGGCCGGCUGCCGCAGCAAGUACGUGGGCGUCUGGGGGCGGCUGCGCUUCGCCCGGAAGCCCAUUUCCAUUAUUGACCUCAUCGUGGUGGUGGCCUCCAUGGUGGUCCUCUGCGUGGGCUCCAAAGGCCAGGUGUUCGCCACGUCAGCCAUCAGGGGCAUCCGCUUCCUCCAGAUCCUUCGCAUGCUGCACGUGGACCGCCAGGGCGGCACCUGGAGGCUCCUGGGCUCCGUGGUCUUCAUCCACCGCCAGGAGCUGGUGACCACCCUGUACAUCGGCUUCCUGGGCCUCAUCUUCUCCUCCUACUUUGUGUACCUGGCCGAGAAGGACGCAGUGAACGAGUCCGGCCGCGUCGAGUUCGGCAGCUACGCGGACGCGCUGUGGUGGGGGGUGGUCACGGUCACCACCAUCGGCUACGGGGACAAAGUGCCCCAGACGUGGGUCGGGAAGACGAUCGCCUCCUGCUUCUCUGUCUUCGCCAUCUCCUUCUUCGCGCUCCCCGCGGGGAUCCUCGGCUCCGGGUUCGCGCUGAAGGUCCAGCAGAAGCAGAGGCAGAAGCACUUCAACCGGCAGAUCCCGGCCGCGGCCUCGCUCAUUCAGACCGCGUGGAGGUGCUACGCCGCCGAGAACCCCGACUCCUGCACCUGGAAGAUCUACGUCCGGAAGCCCGCCCGGAGCCCCGCCCUGCUCUCCCCCAGCCCCAAGCCCAAGAAGUCUGUCAUGGUCAAGAAGAAAAAGUUCAAGCUGGACAAGGACAACGGGGUGAGCCCCGGAGAGAAGAUGCUCACGGUGCCCCACAUCACCUGUGAGCCCCCCCAGGAGCGCAGGCCCGAGCCCUUCCCCGUCGACGGCUACGACAGCUCCGUGAGGAAGAGCCCCACGCUGCUGGAAGUGACCACGCCCCACUUCAUGAGAACCAACAGCUUCACCGAGGACCUGGACCUGGAAGGGGAGACGCUGUUGGCACCCAUCACCCAUGUCUCACAGCUGCGGGAGCACCACCGGGCCACCAUCAGGGUCAUCCGGCGCAUGCAGUACUUUGUGGCCAAGAGGAAGUUCCAGGUCAGUCUGGCCCCCUAUGACGUGCGGGAUGUCAUCGAGCAGUACUCCCAGGGCACCUCAACCUCAUGGUCCCGCAUCAAGGAGCUGCAGAGGAGGCUGGACCAGUCCAUCGGGAAGCCCUCGCUGUUCAUCCCGGUGUCAGAAAAGAGCAAGGACCGCGGCAGCAACACCAUCGGCGCCCGCCUGCACCGGGUGGAAGACAAGGUGACGCAGCUGGACCAGAGGCUGGCGCUCAUCACGGACAUGCUGCACCAGCUGCUCGCCCUGCACCGCGGCAGCCCCCCGGCGGGCGCCCCUGGCGGGGGUGGGGCCCCAGCAGUCCGGGCCUGCGGCAGUGGCACCAUCGACCCCAAGCUCUUCCUGCCCAGCGGCUCCCUCCCGACCUACGAGCAGCUGACCGUGCCCCAAAGGGGCCCCGAUGAGGGGUCCUGAUGGGGGCUGGAGGGGGGCUGGGAGGGGAGGCCCUCUCGCAGGGGGCACCCACCUGGCCGCGGCCACCUCCUAGAGGGCCCAGAGGGAACAGCCCCACUGUCCCAGGCCCCGGCCCCCGUGGCCACGCUGUCUGGCACAGCCUGAGCUUGGGGCUCCACCAAGGCCACCUCUUCCUGGCUGGGGGGUGCUAGAAGUUGGCUGGGUAGGGGGGCCCCUCUCAGGUCUGAGCUGUCACCCCCAGCCCCGGCCCCCACAUCCCGAGGAUGACGUCACUUGCAUGGUGGUUGGGACAUAGCCGGGACGUCAGGCUGGCCUCCCAGGGCCCAGCCUCCAGGGUGCCCAGCCCGCCAUGUUCGGCCAGGAAGCAGCACGGGCUGCUAGCAGGCCCAGUCUGCCUGGCCCAGGGCUUCCCGAAGGGACAUGGAGGGACGGGGCUGUCCUCGCAUCCAGGCCCAGCCACUUCAGUGUGGCCACGACGAGUGUUGUGGGGCCGCUCAGGGGGCCCUGGCUCCCUCCUCUCGAGAGACACUGACCCCCUGAGCAGGGGACCACGAGCUGCCCCUGAGGCCACAGGUCCCCGUGAGGGACAGGCCACCACUGCCCCAGGGCUGGACAGAGUGCAGGACGGCCACCUCCCCUGCCGUGGACCGGCAGCUCCUCCCGCUGUGCUGGAAGGGGCCCCCGAGCCCCCGCUCUGGUUCCUGAUCCCAGCAGCCGGACAGACACACUCGGGGGACACGGCGCCCCCACACUCCCCGGCCAGCGCCGAGCUGAGAGGAGCCGCAGGUUCUACGCGGAACAGGGGUUCCUUCCGGGCAUUAUGUCUCCUAGAAAUCAGUAAUUUGUGGUGAUUUGGAAUCUGUGUUUGAGGGAGUUUCACGGUGUGAUUUUGGUUCUUAAUCGUACAGUCUUUUCCUAAUAAACACGGACAAUCACGGGU